AACAAUAAAUUUACCCAUUGGUCGGAUGUAAAAUGACAAACCGCCUGAUAUUUUAUUUCAAAUAACAUGUUUAAAGUGUCUGAAUAAUGUGUCGAUAUAAUUAUAUAGUGUUCUCAGUGUUAAUACUAUUCUCAAGUGCCAUUUUGGUAACGGCCCAGUCUAAUGCAGUCUCCAGAUGCUUUCAAUACACCUGGCUAGGGCCCAGUUUUAACAACGAGAGCGUAUUCCUAAACGCGACAUGUCAAGAUGUUACCAACAUGGCUGAAGACGUUCCUUGCCGACGGCCACUAAUCGCCACCAAGGACGGCACUUGGCCAGAUAUAGAAUACAUUUGGAUAAAUUACCUUCUAGAAGCUUCGUGCGUAUUAGCGGAUAAUGACGUGUGCGCCACAUAUACGUAUUACUUCAAUGGAUUUGUGGAAAACUCAACUUCUAUGUGCACUCGAGCUAUAGAUGCAUAUGGAGCAGCAAUCAGAAGUGGCUGUUAUACACAAGUUGAUGGCAGCUACGAGACAACUUGUUCUCUUAUUAAUACAUGUUAUAAGUAAAUAAUAAACAUGUAUUCUGUUUUAACCAGAGGAAAUGCUAUACUUACUUAUACUCUUAGCGUACUAGCAUGUCUUACUUUCUUGUGUUUUCUGUCCACGUUAACAGUGGAUUAUAGAACUGCCGCACACAUGAACACAGUAAAAGUAGUAGUUAAAAAUGUCCCAGACUAUGGUGCAUCUAGAGAGAAGAAUGAUCUGGGCUUCUUAACAUUCGACCUGAAAACAGAUCUAACUCAACUCUUCAAUUGGAAUGUAAAACAAUUGUUCUUGUACUUAACAGCAGAAUAUAUAACACCAAACAAUGAACUGAAUCAAGUUGUGUUGUGGGAUAAAAUUAUCCUGAGAGGUGAAAAUGCACUACUUGAUUUUAAAAACAUGAACACAAAAUAUUACUUCUGGGAUGAUGGCAAUGGUUUAAAAGCACACAGCAAUGUGACGCUGACAUUAUCAUGGAAUAUAAUCCCGAAUGCAGGUCUUCUGCCCAACAUUCAAGCCAUUGGCCAGCACUCCUUCAAAUUCCCUACAGAGUAUACUCAAACGAGAGUAUGAUCCAGGAGUUGUAUUUAAUAUAUAUAUUUCUAAUUUUUGUGUGAGGGAUGGAUAGAGUAAGGUCGCAAGAUUCAAUUACAAA